CGGGAGACGUCAGCGCGCCGCCCGCUCCGGCCCGGCCGCUGGGAGAGCUGAGCCCGCGGGCGCGAUGGACGCCCCCAGGGUGCCCCCGAGCACCUGCGCGCCCCGGCGCCGCCCCGGGCUCUGAGCGCGCCGCCGCACAGGGAGUCUGCAUCAGAAGCGUGUAAAACAGAUUGCUUGGUCCAAAAUAGAAAACCAGUGGCAAGAUUUUUGCUGAGUCUCUAGACUUUUCCAAGAUGGAACCAAUAACAUUCACAGCGAGGAAACAUCCGUUUCCUAGUGAAGUCUCGAUCAACUUCGGCCUGCAAUUGGUUGGCUCCCUGCCUGUGCAUUCUCUGACCACCAUGCCCAUGCUGCCUUGGGUUGUGGCGGAGGUGCGAAGACUCAGUGGCCAGUCCUCCAAAAAGGAACCUGUCGUCAGGCCAGUCCGGCUUUGGGUUUCACCCUCUGGGCUGAGAUGUGAACCUGACCCGGGGAGGAGUCAACAGUGGGAUCCACUGAUCUGCUCGAGCAUCUUUGAAUGCAAGCCCCAGCGCGUUCACAAACUGAUUCACAACAGCCACGACCCAAGCUACUUUGCAUGUCUGAUUAAGGAGGAUGCUGCCCACCGGCAAAGUAUCUGCUAUGUGUUCAAAGCUGACGAUCAAACAAAAGUGCCAGAGAUCAUCAGCUCCAUCCGCCAGGCUGGGAAGAUCGCCCGCCAGGAGGAGCUGCGCUGCCCGUCUGAGUUCGACGACACCUUUGCCAAGAAGUUCGAGGUCCUCUUCUGUGGCCGAGUGACCGUGGCACACAAGAAGGCCCCUCCGGCCCUGAUCGACGAGUGCAUCGAGAAGUUCAACCACAUCAGCUCCAGCCUGAGGGCGGACGGGGAACCGGCCUCGCGGGGACCUGAGCCCCCAGUGGACAGAGUCCCCUCUCCCGGGGCCGCCAGGCGCAGGCCCAUGCGCAAGUCCCAGUCGCAGCCCGGCCUGCGCUCGCUGGCCUACCGGAGGGAGUUCCAGGACGGCGGCCUGCGCAGCUCCAGCUUCUUCAGCUCCUUCGAGGAGAACGACAUCGAGAACCACUUGAUCAGCGGGCACCACAUCGUGCAGCCCACGGACAUUGAGGAAAAUCGAACUAUGCUCUUCACGAUUGGCCAGUCUGAAGUUUACCUCAUCAGUCCUGACACCAAAAAAAUAGCAUUGGAGAAAAAUUUUAAGGAGAUAUCCUUUUGCUCUCAGGGCAUCCGACAUGUGGACCACUUUGGGUUUAUCUGCCGGGAGGCUUUGGGUGGCGGCGGCUUUCAUUUCGUCUGCUACGUGUUCCAGUGUGCAAAUGAAGCUCUGGUUGAUGAAAUCAUGAUGACCCUGAAGCAGGCUUUCACAGUGGCCGCGGUACAACAGACGGCAAAGGCACCAGCCCAGCUGUGUGAAGCCUGCCCCUUGCAGGGUCUGCAUAAGCUCUGCGAGAGGAUCGAGGGAAUGAAUUCUUCCAAAACCAAAUUAGAACUCCAGAAGCACUUGACAACGUUGACUAAUCAGGAGCAGGCAACUAUUUUUGAAGAGGUGCAGAAAUUGAGACCACGAAAUGAGCAGCGAGAGAAUGAAUUGAUUAUUUCUUUUCUGAGAUGUUUAUAUGAAGAGAAGCAAAAAGAACACAUCCAUAUUGGAGAGAUGAAACAGACACCACAGAUUGCAGCAGAGAAUAUUGGUAGUGAAUUACCAGCCAGUGCCCCUCGAUUUAGGCUAGAUAUGCUGAAAAACAAAGCAAAGAGGUCUUUAACAGAGUCGCUAGAAAGUAUUUUGUCCCGGGGUAGUAAAGCCAGAGGCCUGCAGGAACAUUCGGCCAGCGUGGAUCUGGACAGCUCUGUGUCUAGUACAUUGAGUAGCACCAGCAAAGAGCCGUCCACCGGUGACAAAGAGGCCCUGCCUGUCUCUGAGAGCUCCUUCAAGCUCCUUGGCUCCUCAGACGACCUGUCCAGUGACUCGGAGAGCCAUCCCCUGGAGGAGCCUGCCCCGCUGUCCCCACAGCAGGCCUUCCGAAGGCGAGCCAACACCCUGAGCCACUUCCCCGUGCAGUGCCCUGCGCCUCCAGAGCCAGCUCAGGGGUCUCCGGGAGUCAUUCAGAGAAAGCUUAUGAGGUAUCACUCAGUGAGCACGGAGACACCUCACGAACGGAACGUGGACCACACAUCCUUGGGCCAGACUAAGCGCUGCUCAGGGCAGCCUUCAGAUCCUCCUCAUCUUAACCCCUCUGCCUCCUCGCCAAACUUUUUUAAGUAUCUAAAACAUAAUUCCAGUGGAGAACAAAGCGGGAAUACUGUGCCGAAGAGCGUCUCGUACCGUAAUGCCCUGCGGAAAAAGCUUCAUUCUUCUUCCUCUGUGCCAAAUUUUCUAAAAUUUCUGGCUCCUGUAGAUGAGAAUAACACCUCUGACUUUAUGAACAUAAAAAGGGAUUUUGAGUCUAAAGCGGACCACCUGGAAGAUGUGGGUGAGACUCCGGUGAAGACCCGAAGACACUCGUGGCGGCAGCAGAUCUUCUUACGAGUAGCCACGCCACAGAAGGCGAGUGACUCUCCUGGCAGAUUUGAAGAUUAUUCAGAGUUAGGCGAACUUCCCCCGAGAUCUCCUUUGGAGCCAGUGUGUGAAGAUGGGCCCUUCGGUCCUGUUCCGGAGGAAAAGAAGAGGACGCCACGGGAGCUGCGGGAGCUGUGGAGAAAGGCCAUUCUGCAGCAGAUUCUGCUGCUGAGGAUGGAGAAGGAAAACCAGAAGCUACAAGCCUCUGAGAAUGAUUUGCUGAACAAGCGCCUAAAGCUUGAUUAUGAAGAAAUCACUCCUUGUCUUAAAGAAGUGACUACAGUGUGGGAAAAGAUGCUUAGCUUUCCGGGAAGGUCAAAAACUAAGUUCGAUAUGGAAAAAAUGCACUCAGCUGUCGGGCAAGGUGUGCCACGUCAUCACCGGGGUGAAAUCUGGAAAUUUCUGGCUGAGCAGUUCCACCUUAAGCACCCAUUUCCUAGUAAACAGCAGCCCAAGGAUGUGCCCUACAAGGAACUCUUAAAACAGCUCACCUCCCAGCAGCAUGCAAUUCUCAUUGACCUGGGGCGAACCUUUCCUACGCAUCCGUACUUCUCUGCCCAGCUUGGAGCUGGGCAGUUGUCCCUUUACAACAUUCUGAAGGCCUACUCACUCCUCGACCAGGAAGUGGGAUAUUGCCAAGGUCUCAGCUUUGUGGCGGGCAUCCUGCUGCUUCAUAUGAGUGAGGAAGAGGCAUUUAAAAUGCUCAAGUUUCUGAUGUUUGACAUGGGACUGCGGAAACAGUAUCGGCCAGACAUGAUUAUUUUGCAGAUCCAAAUGUACCAGCUCUCAAGGCUCCUUCAUGACUACCACCGCGACCUCUACGACCACCUGGAGGAGCAUGAGAUCGGACCCAGCCUCUACGCCGCCCCAUGGUUUCUCACCGUCUUCGCCUCACAAUUCCCGCUGGGAUUUGUAGCCAGAGUCUUUGAUAUGAUCUUCCUUCAGGGAUCAGAGGUCAUAUUUAAAGUGGCUUUAAGUCUGUUGGGAAGCCACAAGCCCUUGAUUCUGCAGCAUGAGAACCUCGAAACCAUAGUGGACUUCAUAAAAAACACACUGCCCAACCUGGGUCUGGUGCAAAUGGAGAAGACCAUCAAUCAGGUGUUUGAGAUGGACAUCGCUAAACAGUUGCAAGCUUAUGAAGUUGAAUACCAUGUGCUUCAAGAAGAACUUAUUGAUUCUUCUCCUCUAAGUGACAACCAAAGAAUGGAUAAAUUAGAGAAAACCAACAGCAGCUUACGCAAACAGAACCUUGACCUCCUUGAACAAUUGCAGGUGGCACACAGUAAGAUCCAGAGCCUUGAAGCCACGGUAGAGAAGCUCCUGACCAAUGAGAAUAAGCUGAAGCAGGCCGUGCUGACCUUGGAAGGAGAGCGAACCGCCCUGUUGGAGAUGGUGGAGAAGCUGCGGAGGCGGCCUGAGGAGCUAAGUGCUGGGCAGCCUGACCACAGCCAGCAUGAGCCCACGGGUGAUUGACAGCUCUGCAGAGAGAUCGCACACCUUCCUAACACUGUCCAGGCCUUAAUCAUGACAGACAGAAGAUGCUGGAGUGAGAGAAUGGAAUAUGAAGCGAACUUCUCAGGGAGGAAACUGGCUUGCCCACAGGCAAAAUAGUUUUUUGAGCUCAGACUUGCAAAUCAGAGGGCAAAUGUCCUAGUGUUCGUUAUUUUUGUUUUAGGUUCUCAUUCAUCCUUUCUCUAGUCCUUAUUACUGUACUUGGUAGCUGUAGAUGGCAUGGACAUAAAUAAAUGCACCUUUAUGUUUUCAUGUUGUUUCUUUUUUGAGCAGCCCCAUGUUUGCAAGGAGCAUUCAUAAUGCUGAGAUUUCCAAAGCAGAAAGGGUUCAAGCUGAUCCCUAAGCAAAAGUGUGGGGGUCUGUUGUUCUUUAAGACAGAGUCCAUGUGGCUACAACCUGUCAUGACAAGGUGCAGUUGGCUCUUGUCCAUUCUUGUCAUGGAAACCUAAGAUGACCAUGGCAAAGGACUGAAAGGAAUUUAAGUUGGCUGUGUUGAUGACUAUCAGCAGACUUGGCCUCUGUUCUUGGUACUUCAUGAAGUCUGCUUUUAAAAACAAUUAGAAUGUUUUCCAUACGUUUUUGCUUGUCAGUUUAAGUGUAGUUGAUCAGAGUCAUGGUAGAUAAAUGUUUCAUGGGAAAAUCACCAGUUUGAGAGUCUACCAGGUAAUGUUAGCAUGUAGUCUUCCAUUGCAGUGUCUGAGAUAUUUAUUUUUUGUAUGUGAUAGUUUCACACCCAUACAGAGUCAUGUAUUUAUUUUUGCCUGUUGUAUGAUGUAUUACAACGAUGUGUUCCUUUGAGUCUCAACCUCUUGGAAAUCUGAUUCCUUAUAGAGUGAAUAGGGCACAGCAGGAUUUUCAAGGUACCCAAGAUUCGGGGUCUUGCAGAAGAGUCGGGCUGAAAUAGCAAUCAAAUGUGUGGCAGCUAACAAUUUUUCAAAGGUAGGAUGUAUAUUUUGAACAUAGCUCACAACAGUGACCCCUCUCCCUCCGGAUGAUGAAAACACUGUGCCUUCAAGUGAAAUGCUGCUCACAGUUGUCCUGCCUUCAGCUGGUCACUGCUGAAGGCCUCUCCCCUGUGCUCUUAAAAUGGGCUGUUUCCUUGCAAAGGACCAGAGAACUGUGCAGGCGCAGGCCACCUUCUGGACUUGGGAUUGUUUCUGGUCUUCACAUUCUAGUGGUAACCACAGGAGUUUCUUUUGACUGUCUUGGCAGCAAGAUCUUUUUUAUACCUGGAGAAAUAGGGCAGAAUGCCAUACUUGGACUCAUUAGAAUCUCCCAGCCAUUGCAAAGGGAGACCAAAGUGCUCUCCAGUGCCUAGAGGGUUGGUUGGCAUUUGAGGCUCCUUACUAUUCCUUGGGUCAGAGGAUAGCAAUUCUUGUCUAUCUUAAACCGUGAUGAUAAACCCAGUCACUGCUAUCCCAGUUGGUUCUGACAGAGCUUAGAUUAUUUAACAUUUGAGGGCUUUUUUUUUUCCCACACUGUAUUUUACUAUUUGAAUAUUUAAUGUUGAAUUUUGGACAUCUUAUUGCUAUUCCUCAAAAACAUGUGUUGAGAAACAAGCAAUAAAAUGAUAAAUAACUCA